GGUUAAACGAUUAUGUAUGCUUUGUCACGUAAAUACGUGUGAAUCAAAGUUUCACGGAAAAAAGAUGGCUUCAGAAUCUGUGGUUCAAUCGGAGUUUGUUUACACUGGAUACGGGAAGAAUUUUGUAAAACUUUUGUACUUGAGGAGAGAAGGAGAUAUUCAUUAUGUGAAAGAGCUAGAGGUCAGCACAGAGCUGACCUUGAACAAUGUCAAGGACUACACCCAUGGAGAUAACAGUGACAUCAUAGCAACAGACUCCCAGAAAAACACUGUCUAUGUACUCGCUAGGCAGUAUGGGGUAAAAAGCUCAGAAAGAUUUGCUUUGCUGCUUUGUGAACAUUUUCUGAGAAAGUAUCGGCAUGUUAUAAGGGCAAGAAUCCAUAUUGAAGAAGCACCAUGGAAACGCAUGGAGAUUGGAGGACAGCAGCAUGUUCACGCUUUUCUAUUCAGUCAUGAAGCCAAGCAUGUUUGUGAAGUAGAAAAGGUUAGAGAUGAAAAGCCCACAAUAUGGACAGCCCUGAGUGAGUUGAGGGUUAUGAAGACGACCCAGUCAGCCUUUAAAAAUUUUGUUUCUGAUGAAUUCCGUACUCUCCCAGAUGCAGAUGAUAGAUUAUUCUGUACUGUUGUGCAGUGUAAAUGGUGGUACAACACCUCAGAUAUUGACUUUGAGAGGACAUGGGAAGGAGUGAAGAGCAUUAUUUUGGAAACAUUUGCAGGACCAGCUGACCGGGGAGAAUACUCACCCUCAGUACAAAAUACCCUCUAUCUCACUGCGCAGAACAUCCUUGCAAAAAUGCCAGGGGUUGAAAAGGUGUAUAUGAAUCUUCCAAAUGUGCAUUAUUUUGGAAUUGACUUUUCCAAGUUUCCAAAGAUUGACUUCAUAAAGAAUGAUGACAAUGUCUACAUGCCUACUGAUAAACCAUCAGGAAACAUCAAUGCUACUAUAGCUAGAAAACCUAAAGCAAGACUCUAAUCAACAAGCAAACAAUGACAAAAAAGUGCUAGUCCAAUGAGUGCUAGAGAAAUGUUGAUACCAUAAUCAGAAUAGUGAACCUGCCCAUGUAAUUUCUUUCAUAUUUCUUUCAGUUUUAGUCAAUUGAAUAGCUUCAGGCAAUUUUUUUUAAUUUGGUUUUGUUGCAAAUCACCUUUUAUUUCUUUGUUUCAGUAGUCAUUUAAAGAUGGGGAAAAAAUAAACAGUAAAACAAGUUUUAGCAAUCAUAGAUAUUGUGAAUGCCUGUUAACAGCAAUCUAAUUUUUUUUACACAGUACUAGAUUUUAAUGAAUGAUUAUAUGGAUGUAACACGUAUGGAUAUGACUAAGCAAUUUCAGCAGUAAGUGGUGAUUUGCUCUAACCAAGUCUUUUAAUUGUGAGGUUUGCAACAAUUAACCUUCUCAAUUUUCAAUUGUUGUACAAUUGUUCUGAUUCUUCAUAAAAAUAAUGUUUAUUUGGGUAUAAACCAGUAUUACAUGAAAGCUUUAAAUUGGUAAAUGGUGCAUUUACAGAUAUAGUACAAUGUAUAUGCAUACUCAUAGCUUUGAGUUUGUUGGUGUACAUAUAAUGUACUGAUUUGUAGCUUGUUAGUGAAAAUUCAAAGGGAAGAAGGACCUUGACCUGAAAAAAAUUGUUAUUCAAUUUUUUUUUUCCAAAAUUUUGUAUAUUACUAAUUUAGUAUGUCCCAUACACCUUAAAUCAUUUCUUUCAUCAGGUUUCUUAGAACACUGCAUAUAGAUCUGGAAAAUUGCAUGAUGCUUUUUAAGACAACUUUAGCAACAACAAACCAAGUUUGCAAAAAAAAAAAAAAAAAAUUUCAUUCAAUAUUUGAAAAUUUUCAUUGAAACUUAUAAUUAAGUCCUUCAUUGAAUUGAUUAACUUUAAAAACAAAGUUGAAACUUACCUCAGUAUUGCACAGGACAUCAUUAAACAAGACAUGAGCAUGAUUAAAAUGUUUACAAAUAUUUCUCAAGUAUGGAAAAACUAACUAUGGUGUCACACGUAAGGGAUACGUGUAUAACUGCCGUACAUAAAAUUUCUGCUACAGCCACAUAAAAAUCAUUUUUGCGUUCCUCGUUUUUUUUCUGUUGUACUAACAGAUCGUGUAUGACAUCACCGACUUGUUGGACGUGCAAUGAAGGGAAACAGAGGAGUGGAUCAAUCUUUUUCGCUGUUUGUUAAUGUUGACAGGAAUGUUAAAACUUUUUUAAUAUUUUUAUAUAAGAUAUUGAAGUAAAACAAAUAAAAAUUUACACAAGUACUGAUGAUUUAAAUAAUGUUUUGCACCUACAUUAUCGGAGACUUAUAUGACUAUGAUGUAGUUAAACUGAAUCGUGACAAUGUGUCCUUCUUCUCCUUAAAUUUUAUAUUUGUUUUGGCUUUAACAUUGAGAAUUUACAUUUACCAAAUUUUUUCUUAUGAUAUUGAUUGAUUUUGUAUACAUUAUAUUUUGUUUUGUUUACAAAAUGUCCAUGAUUUAACAAUCAGUGUAUUGAUUAUUUCUUAUAUCUUGCAUUUGCUUGCUCAAAAACUGUAUAUGGUAUGGCAUAAUCUCUUAUUUGUGAAAUAAUGAAAUUCCAGGGAGACCAAUGGCAAGGGAAGCCUUGUGCUUUUAUCUGAAUUCCACUUAACAUUUGUGAAUGUAUUUUGACAUAGAUGUUUUUUAAGACUGUUUGUUUUCCUUUUAUUUACAUGUACAGUACAUAAAAAUUACAAGUGCUAGCUGUAAGCAGCAAGUUUAUUUUUUGUACAUUACAAUAUAUAUAUGUACAUGUAGUUUCUUAAAAUUUUAUCUGCAAGCCAGUAGAUCUAGAUCUAAGAAUGUAUGUUUUAUUAACUGAGUGCAAACUGAUUAUUUUCUUUCACUUGUUUCUUACAUGUUGUAGUACUGUAAAUCACAUUUUAUUUGCGAGAACUUAUUUUCAGGUAAUUUAGUAAAAUUUUCUCUACACAAAAAAUAAGGUAUAGAGAGAGUGUAAGAUCUGCAUGUAAAUUAUUACUGUUUAAUGAAAGCUAAUGGUAUUUUGUUGCCGAUUUUCAGUAAAUAUACCAAAGAUUAUGUUUAUUGUAUGUAAGCUUAUUACCUGGUAAUUUUCUUCUACAAACUUUGAUACAUCUGUGUUUACAGAAUCAGAAUUGUCUUUAAAUUCAUAUCAUGAAUUGUUAAUAAUAUACAUGUAUACAUUUUGUCUUCUUCAAAUUUAUUGACUCGAGGUAUAGAAAUGUCAGGAAUAUAUAUAUAAUUUUGAAAUGAAUGAAAAUUAAUUUAAAUGCUAUAUACCCUUAUUUGAAUUGUUCAAUGCUGUAUAAUGAAGCUAUUAAUUAAGAACACAUGAGUUGGUCCUUAAGAACUAUACACCUAUUACCGGUAUAAAAGAAACGACUUCUUAAUAAAAUUUUCUAUAAAAGUUUUUAUCACAAUUUAUCUUGAUGCCAAAUGAAAUACAAAUCUGUUUUGGGUUUGUUUGUUGUUUUUUUUUGUUUUGAAAAAUGAAUAUUUUCAAUGGAAAGUGCAGUUCAUAUGCAAAACAUCACUGUAUCUUAAAUAUCCUUAAUACACCUGUAGAUAUAUGUAUGUUACUUUUGCCUUUCUCUUUAUUAAAAUGUCACAAAUUGUGAAUGCUUGAUAAAUUAAGAUGUUUAUAUAAAUUCUUAUAUCUUGUGCAAGAAUCCACAUUUAAGAACCCUCUCUACACUGCACACUAAAGAGUUCUGAUUCUAUGGUAUUUUUCUGUAGUUAGAGUGAUCUGCCCUUAGAUCUCAAUUCCAAUAAAUUGAAAUUUACAGUAUAUUACUCAACUUGUAAUUAAUUUAGUAUUCUUAACAUUUGUAAGAGGCCAAGAUAAAUUAAUUGAACACUUUAUAUUUGCAUGUAUUUUCUCCAUGGAAGCAAACAAUACUGAUUUCUGUUCAUUGAUACUUUGUCGUCUCUUAACAUUUUUCCUGGGGGUAAAUGCCACAUACCGUAUAUUGAAAAUUAGAUAGAUAAGCUCAAUAUUUACACCUUUAUUCAGUAUAAUUUUCUCAAUGUCUAAAAAACAUUUCACACUGGUGUAUAGUGGGUCCUUAAGAAAACUGAAAAUAGAAAUAGUAAGAAAAUUGUGUUCCUAGUUCCAGAUCACUCAGGUGUCUCUUAAAGGCAGGGAAUAUUUUCUGUUUUUCAUUCCAACUUCUUUUUUUACAAGUAUUAGUUAUACAAUAUUAUUCAAGUUAAAGGGGCCUGGACACAGUUCCAUUGCAGUUUUAGUUUACAAUUUUAAAUUUCUAUUUUUAUUCAAAAAAUAAACUUAGUUUAAUGAAUUGAACUAAACAUGAAAAUCCUUAAAAUUCAAUGACAAAAAUAUUCUUCAUAACAUUAUGUCAAACACGUACCUGUGUUUGUAAACAUUCAUUAAUACACAACAAAUUUUCCACUUUCUGAAAUAUUAAGGAUAAAAUAACUUCAUAACAGUUUAAGGAUAUGUGUCCAUCAAAUCAGUCCCGAAAUUCAUAGUUUUAAUGAUUUCUAGACAAAAGAAGUUUCUAAACAUGCUUUUAUAAUAUUUUUGUGUGAAAUGCUCGAGCAACAUAUGUCAUUAUAUUAUACUGAAAAUUUAGAAUACAUGUACUAGUAUAUUAACUUAAAUCUGUUUCCAGGCCCCUUCAAGCUUUUAUAAUCAACGUAAAAUGAUUGCCAAAUAAAAAAAAAAUGCCUUAUCAAUUUAAGAAAUUGUUCGUCCUUAUGUGGUGGAGGUAUUUUCAAGUUUUUUGUUACCAUUAGUAUACUUCAUUUGUUUGAUAAAUCUGCUUUUGUUUCAGUGUACAGAUUUGUCAUGAUCUGAAAUGUUUAUCACAUGAAUUCAGUAUUUAGACUUAGUCUAUAGUAAUAAAGUGUACACAAACUCUAUUCUUCAAUAUUUUUAACACAACAAUAGGUUUUUACAUAAUUUGUUUUUGUUUAUCUCCCUUCCUGUAUAAUAUCUGACAUAGUACAAUAAAUGCAUAGUUUUUGGA